AUGAAUCUUGUUCGGGAUUACAAUUUGAUGUGCGAUUAUAUGGCAGGGAAUCGAAGAGCACGAAGAAGUCGAACGGGUGCGCAAUACUUUGAUGAGUUUCGUACGCAUUUUUGGAAGAGGCCUGAAGAUGAAUUUGAUAGAAUCCGUACUAUCAAUACCUCAAACCGUAGACGAAGUAGAAAUAUGGGAAAUAUAACACCAGCACCAUCUAUUGAGGAAGUUUCAUCAAUGCUAAAUAGGAGUCGCCGUGAAUCUCCCACUGGUCAAAGAGAUCGGUCUGCAUCUCCAAUCCGGCAGAAGAGACGAAACUACCAAUCGAGAUAA